CCCUGAUUAGCCCGAUUCUUCGACAGCCAAGAGCAGACCACCACUCUCCGAUAACCUCGUCAUCUUAUUCGGACUCUUCAAGUUUCUCAGCCAACGCAACAGCCUCAUAAUCCUUAGUGCCUUUACCACCCCAAUUCGUAUACCGCCGUCCACAGUCGAUUCUCCAACGCCCAGUCUGAACACGAUGCAAAGUCACUGCCUCGCCCUCGUGGCGUUGCUGCUGGCACCAUUUGUUACCGCCGAUGUCGAAUUUACAAAACCUGCAGCAGGUGCCACAAUCAACGGAGGCGGCGCUAUUGAAGUAGCUUGGAAAGACUCGGGAUCUUCACCAUCACUGUCUGAUUUGACUGGUUAUGUCAUAGAACUAUGCGCUGGUAGCAACCAAGAAUUCUCCGUCCUUGCUCCGGUCGUCGAAAAUGGUAUAUUCACAACUGGAAACGCUGCUCAAGGCGUCACAAUGGCCACUGUUGGGGCCAGUAUUAAGAAUGCAUAUUUCUUGAAGAUCACAUCCACCGGUAAAGCUGGCACAGUCAUAAAUUACUCGUCACGAUUUUCUUUAUCCAAUAUGAAAGGCUCGUUUCCCACAGCCAUCGACGCUGCCGCCAAAUCAGUAGGUAGCAGCACAGACGGCCCUCCAACCUCAAAUCAGGCCGGAGCGCCCGUCGUGGAGCCUGGAGCUGAACAAUUCGAUGUCCCUUUUGGUCAACAGACUGGCAAUGUCAGAUUUGCCCCCAUGAUGAAGGUGCCACCAACAAAGAUCACCAAGAAAGAUAAGAGCCCAUUGUAUCCUACCAGCAGCUACAGUGUUGCAAAAACAUUCCUUCCUAUCCCAAGUAUUGCCACAACAAUCACUCAGUCCCAGACUUUUAGUGUUGCGAGCAGAGAGAACACGGCUGCGCCUGCUGCCAUGCCUACUGAUGACAUGGCUAAAUAUCUCGCCCGAUGGAAAGAUUAGAGUCACUCAAGGCUCGCGAUAUUUGUCUUGUAAAAUUACCACGCGGCAUGUCUUCUGUGUUUUUGCGCAACACCAAUAGAUUCCGACCAGAGGAGAAAUUAAUAGGGAGCUUUGGCGUUAAAUGAUUGUCGGAUAUAUACGACAAGCGGUUCGAGGGAAAGGCAUUGUGGGCAGUCCUCUGUAUGAGAUGAGGGACAGCAUAGAGGAGGGUAUAUGAUGAAUAACACUUCGGUGUCCGAUGAUUCGUAGAGUGCCUCGUGACACGUAUGUGCCUGGUCUAAUCAUCAAGACUCAGAAUUCAUCAUUCGAACCAUGCACAACUAUUAGACAAUGUGAAAUGCAAUAUACACAAUUCAAC